GCCUGUGCCUCGUCUCUAUGGCGGCCCCAACGGCCGUCCAGGACGUGGAGCGAGAUGAGCGCGGGCGCUGACGGCAGCGGUGGCCCUGCGGUGGCGGCGCGGUCGGGCGAGGGCAGUCCCGGGGAGGACGGUUUCGUUCCGUCGGCGCUGGGGACGCGCGAGCAUUGGGAUGCUGUCUAUGAGAGAGAACUGCGAACUUUCCAAGAAUAUGGAGAUACAGGUGAAAUCUGGUUUGGAGAAGAGAGUAUGAAUCGACUAAUAAGGUGGAUGCAGAAACGCAAGAUUCCAUUGGAUGCUUCAGUGCUUGAUAUUGGAACUGGAAAUGGUGUUUUCCUGGUUGAACUUGCAAAAUUUGGUUUCUCUAAUAUUACUGGAAUUGAUUACUCUCCUUCUGCAAUUCAGCUUUCUGGAAGUAUUACAGAAAAAGAAGGUUUAUCCAACAUUAAGUUAAAGGUAGAAGACUUUUUGAAUCUUUCCACACAGCUGUCUGGAUUUCAUAUUUGUAUUGACAAAGGGACUUUUGAUGCCAUCAGCCUUAAUCCUGACAAUGCAGUUGAAAAGAGGAAGCAAUAUGUGAAAUCUCUCUCCAGGGUGUUGAAAGUAAAAGGCUUUUUUUUAAUAACGUCAUGUAAUUGGACCAAGGAAGAGUUGCUAAAUGAAUUCAGUGAAGGUUGGAGUGCAGUGGCAGGAUUUUGGCUCCCUGCAGCCUUGACUUCCUGGGCUCAAGCGAUCUUUCCACUUCAGCCUCCUGAGUAGCUGGAACUACAGGAUUUGAACUUUUCGAAGAGCUGCCAACCCCCAAGUUCAGCUUUGGAGGCAGAUCUGGAAACAGUGUAGCAGCAUUGGUUUUCCAAAAAAUGUGAGACUUUCUUGGACAAAUUCAGGUAGCUACACAGAAUCUACACAGCGAAGUUACCCUGACACAGAAAAUCCAUGUGCAAAUAAAUGCUUAGUAAGUACACAGGUUGCACAUGUUGAAUAGAGUAUAAUGGAUUGGUAAAAGAAAAUAAUAAUGAUGAGCACCUAAGUGGUUGGGUUUUAAAGAUCAAUCAAGAAUAAUUUUUAAUUUUCUUUUGUAUUUGAAAUGUAAAUGGUUUUCUUUUUGAUUAAAAAAGUUUAACUGCAAACAGCUAAAAACUUUAAAGUAGUAAAUGAGUUUAUAGAAAGCAUGUGUUCUUGAUUUUUGUGCCUUUGUAAAGUUGGAUUGAAUAUAACUAUUUAUGAAUAUUUGACCAAAUUAUUCCAACACCAGAAUAAUAAGCAAACAACUUCCUUAGUAUUUUGUUAGACUAUUUAUAAAAUAUAACAAGAAAUACUA